GUGUCAUUCACGCACGUUUUCUCAUUCUUGUUUUGGUUUGCAGUCCUUGUCUUUGGCGCUGAGAAAUGCUCAAAGUCGCCUUGUUCCAAUCUCGCGGCCAUCCCGGCGACGUAGCUGCGAACGUCCAGCUCGCCAAGGACACGCUUGCUCAGGCGCGCACGGCCGGCGCCCGGCUGCUGCUUCUGCCCGAGCUAUUCUUGAGUGGCUACCAUUUGCCCGCGGACGAGCUGCACGCGUGUGCCAGAAACCUCGAGUCCACGGAAAUCCAAGAUCUGCGCAACGCGUGCCGGGAUGCUGGAUGUGGCAUGGUGCUCGGCUACUCGGAGCUCGCAGACGCUGGCCAAGUGUACAACUCCGCCAUGCUGAUUGAUAGCAAGGGCGAAAUCCAACUUAACUAUCGCAAAACGCACUUGUAUGGUCCGGAUGAAAAGGCUGCAUUCACGGAAGUCCCUGCGGCAGCGGCAACCCAGUCGUACACGGCGGUUUGCAAGGAUUUCGAGGGGAUUCCCAGAUUCAACGUCGCUCUGUUGAUCUGCUACGACGUUGAAUUCCCAGAGAUUGUCCGCUCUGUGUGUCUCCACGGCGCAACGUUCGUGGCCAUCCCAACCGCCAACUUUUGGACGGGCAUUCCACGCCGAGUGCUCCCCACCCGCGCCAUCGAAAAUCACGCUGUGAUUGCGUACAUUAAUCGUCACGGAAACGAGCGCGGCUUGCAGUUUGGUGGUAGCAGCUGCAUUGUCGGGCCGGACGGGGAAGACUUGCUUCGAGCGGCAGACGACGAGGAGCAGCUGCUCUUUUGCACCGUCGAUUUGAACAAGGCCGAGUACGUUCACUUGCGCAACGUGAAUCCCUACUUUGCAGACAGAAAGCCCCAGCUCUACCAAUGGUUGACUGAUUCAUCGCUGCCAAAAUAAACGAUCAACGCCGUUGAGAGCGUGGAA